AUGGAUUAUUUCCCUUCAUUUCUUUCUUUCUUUCUUUUUUUCUUUCUUUCAUUUUCUCUUUUCUACUUUCACUUUCAUUAUUGUCGAAUAAAUUCAGAUGACGAAUGUUUUUCCUAUUGUCUAUCUCUGUCUGCCUGUCUGUCUGUCUGUCUGUCUAUCUAUCUAUCUAUCUAUCUAUGUCUCAUUCUCUUCUGUUCAUAUCUAUCUAUCUAUCUAUCUGAGCGUGCUGGCCUUGUUCAGACUGAUCGAUUUAUCUCUCUUUCUUUUCAUAUCUAUCUAUCUAUCUAUCUAUUCAGAGCUAUAUUUUCAGAUCUUUCUAUCUAUCAUUCUUUUCAUAUCUAUACAUCAUUCUUUUCAUGCCUAUCUAUCUAUCUAUCUAUCUAUCUAUCUAUCUAUCUAUCUAUCUAUCUAUCUAUCUCAUUCUGUUCAUAUCUAUCUAUCUAUCUCAUUCUGUUCAUGUCUAUCUAUCUAUCUAUCUAUCUAUCUAUCUUUUCAUAUCUAUAUAUCAUUCUUUUCAUAUUUAUAUAUCAUUCUUUCAUUUCUGUCUAUCUAUCUUUUCAUAUCUAUAUAUCAUUCUUUCAUUUCUGUCUAUCUAUAUAUAUAUCAUUCUUUUCAUAUCUAUCUAUCUAUCUAUCUAUCUAUCUAUCUAUCUAUCUAUCUAUAUAUAUAUAUUUCUAUUUUUCGUUCUUUCCUUCUUUUAUCUUCUCUUCUUCUUCCUUCUUUCUUCUUCCUUUCUUCCUUCAAUUUUUUUUCUACUUUCUUUCUUUCUUUUCUUGUUACUUUUUAAUGGCGUCUCUUUUCCAAUUUCUUUUUUCUUCCUUUCAUUCAUUCAUUCUUUCUUUCUUUCUUUCUUUUUCCUCUUUCUAUUUCUUUUUUCCUAUCUUUUUUCCUCAUGCUUUUUCUUUCUUUGACUUCUUUCUUUCUUUCUUUCUUUCUUUCUUUCUUCAAAAUCUUCUUUUUCAUUUAAGCUUUCCUUUUUCUUAUGAUCUUUCUUUCUUACUGCUAAUUAUUUAUUCCCUUUCUUUCUUUCUUUCUUUCUUUCUUUCUUUCUUUAACGAGUUCUUCCUCCCGUACUUUCAUUUCUCUUUCUCUCACACGAUCUCUUCUCCUUCGAAACGGGCAAAAUUCUGGUGCCAGUCUCCGCCAUUAUAUAAGUCCCCAUUCGCUAAGCCCACCCACACGAAGCACAACCAUUGCCGCCCGCAGAAAUCUUGCAAUCCAUGCAAAAUAAUUGGACACAGCACGUAA